GGCCACAGUGCCCUCUUUAGCUCCAUUUCCUGCUUGUCUGUGUGAAAAAGGGGGAAGGAGCAGUCAAAGGUAGCGGGAGGGGAGAAGGAGCUUUGGAAGCCUUUGAAUACGCUAACUCCUCCUCAUAAUCCUGCUGUUUCCUUUCACUGAAAAUUUGAAGGCAGUUGUGUGCGUAGAGAAAUUUUUUUCCUUCCCUUGUGCCCACAGCAAGCUUGGCAUCCUUCCUCUGGUCUCCUCCCUCCCAUCCCCCAAUCCCCACCCAGCUGAAUUAGAAUACUGUACAUUGUGUAACUUGAACUCUUGAAUACAAAUGUAGAAGAAGCAGAAAGACAAGAAGGGACAGUCCUUGAGGUCCUACUGGAGAAUUGCCACUUCUCUCUUCGAUGGAGUUUUUGUAACCCAAGGUGGAGAUAUCUUCCAAAGAUGAAUUUCCAAAGUCACUUUUUAGUCAUCUAUCUGCUUCUUUUGUUCUUUUCCCCAAGAGGUGUCACAGUAGAAAAGAAUGUUGUUUGGGGCAUACUGACUAAGUCCAUCUCUUUGGACAUCCCUGAUUUCCUGAAGGACCAAGAUAAAGAUGAUAUACGGUGGUUUAAAGGACCGACUCUGAUCGCAAAAGUGAACCAAAAUGGAGGUAAUCACAGUUUUUACCUGAGAGACACAAUCUACGAGAUAUUCCCAAAUGGGACCCUGAAAAUUAAAGAGCUGGAGAAAAACUCCGAGCAAAACUACAAGGUUUCAGUGUAUCAUAAAAAUGGAACAAACCUUUUGGAGAAAGUAUUGACUCUGCAUGUAAUGGAGGCUGUUUCAAAGCCAGAAAUGACAUGGAACUGCACUGAAAGAAUUGUCAUUUGUGAGGUUCAGAGGGGGACUGAUGCUGAGCUGACUUUGUUUGAAAAUGGGACACAGCCUUUGAAGAUGGGGACCGUGAAAAAAGAGGGAAUGAGACUCAAGUACACCUGGCCAAAGAAGUACCCACCACGAAAGGAGUUCAAAUGCGUGGCAAAAAACCCAGUCAGCGAGGAGUGGAUUGUGGGCCAAACCCCCUGUACAGUGAAAGUUUGGAACAUUUAUCACAUCCUGAGUAUUUGUGGAGGAGUGAUAAUCCUGUUAAUCUUCUUGACUCUGGCCAUUUCCUGUUUCCUGAGGAGGAAAAAACAAAAAAAGAAGCCAAAUGUUACAGAUCAGAAUCUGGAGAUUAAAAUCUCCAGAGUAAAGGAAGAGAGAGGUCGAAAGCUUCAUCAGAGUCCAGGUCACCAUCCACAACUAGCUGGUGGUCGCCAUCCACAGCAACCAGGUGGUCAUCGUCCCCAGGCCCCUGGUCAGCAUCUCCAGGUACCUGGUCGCUGUCCCCCAGUACCUGGACAUCGUCCUCAGCAGCAGCAGAAAAGGCCUUCUCCAAAAGUCCAGAAGCAAACUGGCCCUCCCUUGCCCAGGCCUCGAAAUCAGCAAAAGCCUCCACACCAGGAAAAGGAAAAAUGAGAAUGAUUUCUCCUGGGGGAAGUUUCUCUUUGCUCCACUUUGGGAACAGAUGUAAAAAAAAAUCCUUUCAAUCAAACAAAACUGCAGAGUUUUCCCUAUUCGUGGUACAAAUUCUUAUGAGUGUUUUCUACUGUUGGGCUACUACUUUUCCUAAGUAUCACUGGUCAGGGACAAUGUGUGGGGGCUUAUCUACCCUUUUGUAAGAGGGAGGGAAAAAAUAUCAAAUGGUGGAAAUCAAAGUGACUGAGGACUUGUUGACCUGGCCCAGGAUAAUGUGGCCUCAUGGCAGGACUCCUCCAUUGUCAAAGAGGAAAAAGCAGCUAAGGGUGCAACCAUUAAGGGGAUGAACUGGAGGUAGAAGGGACCCCAGAUGAUGAAGCAACAAUUCUUGCCCUUGACAAGAGAAUUCUUUGAUGUUUUCUUGUUCAAUCCAGCAAGUAAGACACUUUGCUAGGUACUAGGGUAAUAAAAAUAAACUAAAAAAUAGUCUUUUCCCUUAAAGAACUUAGAUCCUUCUGAGUUCAUUCAACACAUAGAUGAGUAAGCACAUGGUCAUUUGAGGAGAAGGAAGAGGAUACCAACAACCAGGGCUGGAGUUCUUUGCCUUUUCUGUGUCAUGGACUCUUGGCAGGCUGGUGAAGCCUAUGGACCCCUCUCAGAGUGAUGCUUUUAAAUGAAUAAGAUAAAACAAAAAGGAAUACAAAAGGGACCAAUGAUACUGAAAUGGCUAUUAACAUUAAAAAACACUUCAUAGACCCUAAGUUACAAAUUCUUGAGCUAAGGGUAUCAGAAACACUUCCUGUGAGAGUACAGAAACUGAGCCUUGAAGGAAGGUAGGGAAUAAUGGAUACUGUUUAAAAAAAAAAAGCUUUGCUGGGCCAUGCAGAUGUUGUGACCAUGUGUAACUAAAUGAGAAAAGCCUUGUCUUGAAGUGUUUGUUCGUAUCUACUCUUUUGUAAGGGAGGGAGAAAUCAUUGCUGUGACCAUCUCAGUCUGCUCCUUGUCAGACAGAGCCCAAAGUUAACUAUGUUAGAAUAUAAUACUGAGUUGGACAGGUUUACAAUACAGAAGAAGAAUCAAACUUGGGUCCUAAAGUCUGGUCAACCCAGGUCUAUAAAAUCCCCUAUCACACAUACACACACACACACACACACACACACACACACACACACAUCCAAGUCCCGUGGCAUGAAACUGGAAAGGGUGUGUCGGCUCCCCAGCUUGGCUAGAUGGAUAAACCAUAGCAAACUGGGAGGAGCACAGUUUAGGGUUUGAACUUGGUUCCCCAGUGCUGUUCAGAGCUGCCCAUAAUCCUUCUCGAUGACUCUUAUUGCCCACUCCUCUAAUGGCUGUCCUGAGCAAAUAUUCUAGGAAGUGGAAAAUCAUAGUUCACAGGACCAUAGAUGAAGAGCUGAAUUUGGAGGCUCUGAAAUCCAAGCCCCCUCCUUUUACCGAUGAGGAAACCGGGGCCUGGAGAGAUGUAAUUACUUGUCCAAAGUCGCAUUGGAAGAAAGCACAGAACUGAAAGGGAUCAGAGCUUUGGAGCUAUUAUGGAUCUUAAAGGCUAUCUGGUCCAACUGGCUCAUUUUACAGGUGAGGAAACCAAGCCCCAGACAGGUCGAUUUGCCUAGGGUCUCACAGGGAGUAACCAGCACACCGGGGAAUCAAACCUAGGUCUAGUGAUUCCAAAUGCAAUAGUUUUUCCAUUGUACCAUUUCACAUUGUCUUGUGAACCAACCCACAUUCGUUUUGGAUUGGAGGUCAGCAAGAAGCUGAUCGGAAGGCAUGCACAGUAGCAGGGAUGAGAAAGAAUUUGGUUCCAUUAAAUAGCCUUGAUGGUUGUUAUCAAAAGGUCACCCCAUAGGCAUGCAGAGAGCUUGGGGCUAGCCAAUGCCCUCUGCAUGCCUAUGCUCACUCCCAUGUGGGACUUAAUAUUCAGGUACCCUGGAUCAGGGAGGAGAGAAGAAACAGGAAAGAGCGAGAAUUGUCAGUUAAAGUUCUAAAGUAGAGACAAUGAAGUAGGUUCUUUGAAACAGCAGUGUGAUAUUUGUGGCCUCAUCCCUCCCUGGGUUUCUCAGACAUGUUCAGCCUUGCCAGGAAACACUGAGGUCUAAACCACAAGCUCUCUGCACACUUAAAGCUUCCUGUAAGAGCCCUGGUGUGUGUUGAAUGCUUUGCCCACUUCAUAUGAGUCUUCAGUUUGAACAUCUGGAGUCGAUCAUUAAAAAAAAGUUAACUCCCCCCAUUUAUUCGUUUGGAAUGCAAAGACGGGAACCAACGGGAUAACAACAUUAAGCCAAGCUUCUACUGAGCUGGAUACAAGAAGGCCCUACCUCCUCUCCCUUUCCUGCAUCUGGGCAAUGGAGAAGAAUCCUGCCCUGAGACCCAGAUCACACCCCACCUUCUUCAAGAAGUCUGCUGUAACCCAUCAGCGUGCCGCAGUCUCUCUCUCUUCCUAUCUACGUGCCUUUAGUAUAUUGUUGGUGCUUAAUAAAUGCUUGAUGAUUAAUUGAUUCACUAUUUCAUACUGUUAAACUUUCUGGUCUUUCAGGCUAAAUUGUAACUUUUCAGGGACAGAGAAUUAUUAUCUAUGUUUGCAUUUGCCCCCAUUGCCCAGCCUAAUAAAUCUAAAUGUUUAUUGUAAGGAUUCAAAGUGAACAAGCAUUGUUCAUAUGAAAUAAAAACUUUAAUACAUCACA